AUGUCAUUAAAACCAACAAAUCUAUUUCAACGAAUUUCUCAAACCAAAGGACCAAUUGAUCCCAAAAAAUUGAAAAAACUCUUGAUUAUACGUGGACAAGAGCCAGAUCACUUUUUUUCAUGUAUUUGCGAGAAAUUUAAUGGUUUUGUCAAAAACCCGGAAUUAUUCAAAUGGAUGGAAUUUAAAAGGGUGCAUGAUGAAUAUGAGCCCUAUCAACCUGAUGAUUCAUUUGCAUUUUUAAGCUGUGUGGAUAUUGUAAAUCAAGAUUCAUUGCAACAAGAACACAUUGAACUAUUUCGAUAUCAUUUUGAUUAUGAUUUUGUGGUAUUUCCAUUAUAUGCAGGUUGUAGUAUUUCUGAAAGAGUUGAACCAAUAUUUCGCGAAAUUAUGAAUAUUAUCAAAGAGUUGAUUUCAUCAAAACGAAUUGCCGUUCUAUUUUUAAGAGGAAGUAGUGGGUACAGUGUUCCAAGUAGACUUGGUUACGUUUGUAAUAGCAUGCAAAAGGGGUUUGUUGAUUAUACAUACCAAAUGAUUGAUAUAGAUGUUGAAGCAUUGAACCAAGUAUGCAUGAACAGUAUCAUGUUACUCGAAUUUAAAACCAAGCAUUCAUAUUUAUUUAUGGAAAAUGAGAAACACAAAAUUGUAGAUCUUUCACGAGCAUAUCUCUGUGGGGUGCAGGUUAAAAGCUGUAUUGACGUUUCUCAAUGGCACAUUCUUGCAAAAUCUGAAGAUGGACACAAACUCAGCAUGCUUAUUCACAAAACUGAAAGAGUCAUGUUCACACCUUGGUAUGGGUAUUGUCAUGGUAAUCAACUUUCGCAUGACCUUGUUAGAUACUUGUGCAAAUAUUUAGUAUUGGAAUAUUUGAACAAGGAUGAUUUGAAUUUUAAGGCAAAACUUUAUGUCAAAUAUCAAAAUUGCCAAUUAUGUGAUGUCACUGUGAUGGUAUUUGAAGAAACAUGCUGA